GCUCUGCUUCAUAAAUAAAUGAUAGGUGCCUUUGUGCUUCAAACUCAUUGAAGAUCUCUCAUUGAAGACCUCUCUCAAGACUGGACCAAAACUGGCUGCUGCUGGUUGGCAUGCUCGUGGCAACACCAUCGCAUCCAAUUGAUCGCAUCGAUGGCUAUGCAAAGCGAAUGCCCAUGUGCAAAGGUGAGCAGGCCGAAUAAGACCAUUUCUCGUCUGCUCGGGUGAGGUGAUGAUACUUAAAUGUGUGUCUGUGUGUGUGAGGGGCAGCGGCUCGCCUCUCUUUAUCGCCAGACCCACUCCAUCGUCUAAUGCCCCAAAAGGCAGGGCUGUUCGUCCGCUCCUGAAGUCGAGGCGAGGCAGGUGCCAUCGUCGUCGACGAUGGCGCCUGUGUGUACAAGUUUAAUGGUGAUCAGGUGCCUCGUGCUGCACCGUCUGCGGCUGAUGAUCACGGAGUGGCGAUGGAGCGACAUUCGGGCAAUGGGCAGGGCCGUCGCCAGAGAGGUAUGCGGGUACAUAUCGACCACACGACACCAAGCAAACGGCAUGGAGGUUGUGAAAUGCUGCUCUCGGAUUGUGGAAUACGCAUGCAAUGCGGCUUCUCCAAAUGUCCUGUCCUGUCCCUCGUGCAGGUAUCUGAGUGUAUAGCUGCAUUUCUGGCCCACGUGAGGGCACCUGGUGUGUCGCCACUAAGAGUGCUGACGGCAUGGCUGAGCGGGAGAAAGCGGAGCAUGCCCCUGCACGACUGGUUACUUGACGAGAUCUGUGAGGCGGUGGUCACUCGGCAAGUCUUCAAGGCCCACCAGCGUGAUAUUGUUCCCUUCAUCCGGACUGUGGGCCCCUCGGCCCUCUGCACAUGCUUGUCGAUCAUGCAGACGGCAUGAUGGCCACCAUCCUGACAUCGAUCAUGGAGGACAGCGGGUGUGAUGCGGUGGGGGAGGGAGGGACGCCCCCUAAGCCACGCAGAGUGGAGGUGUGCCACGGACAGACCGAUACGUAGAUAGAUAGUGACAGGUGGUGUUUGGUGAGCGUGUGGACUCAGUCGCCUCGCUGGCUGCUGAUCAGUGUGUAUUGGUAGGGGUUCGUAUUUCAGCUGGCUGAUUGGUAUUUUAUGAUGUGCAUGGCCAACUGACCGACAGUGGCAGGUGAAUUCAUCCAUGGAUCACAGUGGUUGUCCAGUGGUGUCUGUGUCUCAAUCGAUCGAUGCUAGCUGGGUGUAGUGCAGACAGACACACAGACACGUCACACACCACUCAAAACCACCACAGCACCCAGCAAGGCAGGCAGGCAGGCAUGAAUACGUGUCUGAGAACGGCUGGCCUUUUUUUUGGAAGCCAAAAUGACGGUCUAUUUAAGCCAAAAUGACGGUCUA